ACACGCGCGCGCCGCCACUCCGAUUGGACGGCGUGACGGUCAAUCGAGCCGGCUUCACAGACCGUAGCGUCGCCGUGCGUGGCCCCGCGAGGUACUGUCAACACGAGCGGCUGUACCGGCCCGGUUCGAAAUCCACGAAGGGUUUUUCUGCUGCAGGUGCUUCCGGAUGUCCAAGUACAAGCUCUUUCUGCUGAGGCAUGGAGAGGGGGCCUGGAACAAAGAGAACCGCUUCUGCAGCUGGGUGGACCAGAAGCUGAGCGGCGACGGGGUGAAGGAGGCCCAGGACUGCGGUAGGCUCCUGAAGGAGCAGGGCUACAAGUUCGACUUGGUGUUCACCUCCAUACUCAGCCGCUCCAUCCAGACGGCCUGGCUGGUGCUCGAGGCCAUGGGCCAGGAGUGGGUCCCCGUCGCCAAGUCCUGGAGACUCAACGAACGCCACUACGGCUCCCUGAUCGGCCUGAACCGGGCAGAGAUGGCUCUGCAGCACGGGGAGGAAAAGGUGAAGUUGUGGAGGAGGAGCUACGACAUCACUCCACCUCGGAUCGAGGAGUCCCAUCCUUACUUCUUCGAGAUCUACGACGACCGCAGGUACACCACGUGUGACGUGCCGAAGGAGGAGCUUCCCCGAGCGGAGAGUCUGAAGGAGGUGCUGGACCGGCUGCUGCCAUACUGGGACAGCACCGUGGUGCCGGAGAUAAGGAAAGGCCGAACUGUGCUCAUUUCUGCUCAUGGAAACAGCUGCAGGGCUCUGCUGAAACACCUGGAAGGUAUAUCAGAUGAGGACAUAGCCAGUGUCACUUUACCUACAGGGAUACCUGUGCUGCUCGAGCUGGAUGAAAACCUAAAGCCUGUGAAACCGCGUCAGCUCCUGGGAGACCAGGCAAAGAUUCAGGCGGCCAUUAAAAAGGUGGAGGACCAGGGAAAAGCCAAGCCAUCGACAUGAACGCGCUGUAACUCUGUUCUUGUCUCUUCUUGGUCUCCUUGAAAUACUCAAAUAACUCAUUUUCUUUAAGAUUAGACAAUAACGAUAACUGUUCACUGUUAGUAAGAACGGUGGUAAGUCUUAAACCCCGUUAAGACCUGGUAUUAAUGUCUCGGGUGAUCUAAUCACAAGUGGACUCUAAGUACAGGCGCAAACGCGUGGGGCCGCAUUAUUUUUGCUGUGUGUGAACGCAAAUGUGUCCUGGGCCAUGUUGAAGGAGCGCCUCCUCAGCUGAAGUCCACUGAACUGCUUCAUUUUCAUUGUGAACCAAAAUUAGUUUUACACUUUUACACAAUUUAUUUAUUUGAUAAUCCGUAAAAAUUUUUAGCUGUGGUUCGCUCAGCAACUCCUGGCCCUGCUCUCUCUCUCUCACUCUUUGUCUCUACACACACACACACACACACACACACACACACACAUUGACAAUGGACCCUCUGUCUAGUCAGACUGCCUAUAAACAUAAUUUGGUCUUUGCAAACAGAAAUGACCAGUGUGUUUAUUUUCAUACAGAGAACGAAAGUGAGAUAUUAUCACAGGUGGUCACCUGAGACGCAGGUGGAGACACAUUCUAAUGCCAGGUGUGAACUGACGAACUCAGAGCUGUUCACUCAUGAUCUGAUCACUUCAGCCAAAUGUGGAUACCAGGUCUGAACAGGGCCAUACUGUCAAGUCACUGUGUAGAGGCCUGACCUGAACACAGAGUAUGGGUGUUGCAGGUCAGACUGGUUCCUCUGGUGCAGGACGAAGUCCAGAGAUGUACUGUCAAUGUUUUCAGCACUGUGUGUGAUGUGUAAGCACUGAGCAAAGCUUUUGCUUUGCGUCUUAUUUUUAAGCUAAUUGUCUCCAAUGUGUAUGAUUGUAUGGUCACCCUAAAGUUGUUAUUUAUUUAUUUACUCUUUCACUACCUUGCAGAUUGAUGGCAAUUAAUUCAAAUUUAAAAAAAAAAAAAAAAAAAGCCCCAACCGAUCCUAUGGUGAUUUUAUUUAACACAGCGUACCUCAUAGAAGUUCAUCGUCAGACUGUACAUUUUGAGAAUGAGGUAAUUGUGAGCCACAGAAAUACUGUAAAUAUGUGUAACACUGGAACUCUCUCUACUGUCCCAUGUGAAGUUGUUUACCUAUUAGCUUUAUACUGCACAGUGCAUUGAAUCUGACUCCGACUGGGUGGAGUUGAAACCACAGCGGAUUUUGAUUUAUCUCCUUGUUACAUAAAAGCGAAAACUGUGAAUUGUUAAUACCAUUAUUUUUGGAUAAAUUCAAUAACAGUUAAAUUAUUAAAUUAAAUAAGCAAGCACUAUUUUGAUUUUGAUUUCUAAAUUAUUAUCAUAAAUUAAUGGAAAUUAUUUGAUGUUACUUAUGUUCUGGCGAUAACAUGAGUGAAAAACCACUCCUGCGUCUGCACAUUACUUCUUAUAACAGCACUAUCUUGUCAUAGUGUAUCUUACUCUAUGUCACUACUGUGUGUAGUACAGGCUUGUGUGGCUUGUUUGUCAUUGCACAGUCACUGUGCGUCAUGUGUUUCUCCCGUUUCUUUCCCAUUUUGUUGUGUUUCUUUUAAUUUGUGCACUGGUCUGUUGGGUCAACAGGGGGAAAUAGCGAAGUAAAGAACGUGCAUAUGUUGAUACUGAAAGGUAUAUAUCAUUUCAUGUAGGAUGAUGAAAUACCUUCCCUGCUGUCUGCAUCUUACCAUGGGAUAAUUGUCAUGAUGAAAUAAAGGGAGUGAACAUUU